AUGACAUCAACAACGGACCCCAGCAUCACUACCCAUGCUGCCAUCACCAUCCCAGAAGACUCAUCCAAGACCCUACCAGUCGCUGUGACAGACACCAACAUCAACACCAAGCCAUCAUCAUCACCUGAGGAUGUCAACCCACAGUUCCGACCUUCCCCCAACGCCGACGAGGACUUUGAGGAUAUCACCAUCUUCCAGGCGGCUCAGAUGGGCAAGGUAGCCAUUGUGGCGAAACUGAUCGAAAAGGACCCAGCCGUUGUCAAGAGCAGGGAUUUCCAGGAUGUCACGGCGUUGCAUUGGGCGGCUAUCAACAACCAGAUCCCUGUUGCAAAGUACCUGAUGGAUAAUGGUGCUGAGGUCGACGCCAUCGGUGGAGAGCUCGUCGCAACACCAUUACAUUGGUGCACAAGGUACCAACCAGGAUUAUCUAAAGUCGAACGGGAAAAAACAGAGUUUGGAUUCUAUGGGAACGGACACAUGAAUAUGGCCAAGUUGUUGAUGAAACGCGGAGCCAACCCGAUGUUGCAGGAUUCUCAGGGAUUCAACGCUCUUCACCUCGGAACACAUUCGUCCAAUGCCAUGUUGGUGUUGUUCUUGAUGAUGGCCGGCGAGAUGGAUGUGGACGUUGCAGACACACUCGGACACACCAGUUUGAUGUGGGCGGCUUACCAGGGGGACAGUCUCAGUGUCGACAUCUUGUUGAGGCAGGGCGCUCGUGUUGACACCACGGACCGGGAAGGGUUCACGCCCUUGCACUGGGCUGUCGUCAAGGGCAACCGAGAGUGCCUAUCCAAGAUUCUUAAGGCAGGAGCUGAUGUCAAGGCAGCCGACAAAACUGGAAAGACGCCUGUGGACAUGAUCAAGGAGCUCAAAGGAAAUGUCAUCUGGGAGAAGGCAUUGAGUGAUGCCAAGCUGUCGUCGGACGGACAAACAAGAAGGACGCCCUUUGACAAGCUCAUGGUCCUCUUCCCAUGGUACAUUGCCUUGCCACUCGCCAUUGUACAGUUUCUGGCGGGACAUAUUGGAUCGGUCAAGUUUCUUUUGCGGACAAAGACGCCAAACGACAUGCUCCAGACGCCCUACUACACUGCAGUUUUCCAAUCGACUGCAUUCUGGGUUGGCUUUACCUGGCUCCGCCAUCUUGUCUAUAAUACGGCGCACUUGCUUUGGUUGAACAUUGCGUUCAUUAUCGGCUACGUCUCGGCUCUCUACUUUUUCUACAACGCUGUCAUGGCGGAUCCUGGAUGGACGAAACGAAACACCACAGUCGAAUCCCAGCGGGAAGCAGUCGUUCGAAUGGCGGACAGGAACCUCUUGGACGUGAAGCACUUUUGCGUCACUUGUGUUGCUCAGCGACCCAUGCGGUCAAAGCACUGCAAGUUUUGCAACUGUUGCGUCGCCAAAUUCGAUCACCACUGCCCCUGGAUUUACAACUGCAUUGGAGCCAAGAACCAUAGAGCUUUCAUGAUCUUUUUGGCCCUCUUCAUCAGCGUUGUCCCCGUCUAUGCUUAUCUGUCUUUUGAAUAUCUCGCGAUUACCUCGCCAGCGUAUGUUGCUGUCGCGUCGAACCCUUGUCUGCUUGGAGAUUCCUUGUGCAGCUACUUCCAGUAUGACGCCUUCACGACCACAUUGGCGUUCUGGUCCAUGUUUCAAGUGACUUGGCCAGGAUUGCUCUUUUUUGUUCAACUCUUCCAAGUCGGACAGUCCAAGACCACGAACGAGGCGAUGAACUUCCAGCGCCAGACAUACUCAGGUAAGGCGAUGAACAUUCGCCAACGGAUCCUGAGGUCACUGACGGAGAUCGAUUCCGAGAUCGCCGGUGCUGGGCACCCACUUCAAGAAGAGAGCAUUAACCUAUUGGAGGCUGGCGCAGGAGCAGCAGGCGAGGAGGAGGAUGAGGCCUUGUUUGCACGGGAGGAAGAGUCCAAGCCUGUUGGGUUUGGCGAUCAUUCACACCACGGACAUAGCCACGGACAUGAAGGUCAUGGUCAUGGGCCUCGUGGAGGAGGAGGUAUGUGGAACCUGAUUGUGGGAACCGCACGAGGAAGGCGUCAGAACCAUGGCGAUGAUGAAGCGAGCAAUCCGUUUGAUUUCGGACUGUGGCAGAACUGCCUGGGCUUCUGGUCGGAUAAUAGACAGGGACCGUUGCGGGGCGUCAACUGGUAUACGUUCUAUGAAGCGGAGCCAUCGCGGGCGCAUCACCCUACCUCCAGACGCAUGUAA